UGAUCAUCACAAACUAAUGAAACACCUUUUAGGUCUUAUGAAUUCAGCUUACACUUUUUCUGGAUGCUCUGGCAACUGAUAGAGGACCUGUGAAAAAUGGAACCAAACUCUCUAAGGACAAAAGUCCCAGCUUUCUUAUCUGAUUUGGGGAAGGCCACAUUGAGGGGAAUCAGGAAGUGUCCCCGCUGUGGCACAUACAAUGGAACCCGGGGACUGAGCUGUAAGAACAAGACAUGUGGAACCAUAUUCCGGUAUGGCGCACGGAAGCAGCCUAGUGUUGAAGCUGUCAAAAUCAUAACAGGCUCUGAUCUGCAAGUCUACUCGGUUCGGCAAAGAGACCGGGGCCCUGAUUACCGAUGCUUUGUGGAGCUAGGUGUUUCAGAGACGACCAUCCAGACAGUGGAUGGGACGCUCAUCACUCAGCUGACCUCUGGACGGUGUUAUGUCCCCACAUGCUUGAAAGCUGCCACCCAGGGUGUUGUGGAAAACCAGUGCCAGCACAUCAAGCUGGCCGUGAACUGCCAGGCAGAGGCCACCCCUCUGACGCUAAAGAGCUCGGUCCUGAAUGCAGUGCAGGCCUCCCCAGAAACCAAGCAAACCAUCUGGCAGUUGGCCACGGAACCCACAGGUCCCCUUGUACAGAGGAUUACUAAAAACAUUUUGGUGGUGAAAUGCAAGGCAAGCCAGAAGCAUAGUUUGGGGUAUUUGCAUACAUCGUUUGUGCAGAAAAUCAGUGCCAAAAGCUUGCCUGAGCGCCGUUUCUUCUGCUCCUGCCAGACUCUGAAAUCACAGAAGUCGAAUGCCUCCAAGGAUGAGGCGGUCCAGAGAUGCAUUCAUUUCUUUGCUUGCAUCUGUGCCUUUGCCAGUGACGAGACAUUGGCUCAGGAAUUCUCAGACUUCCUAAAUUUUGAUUCCAGCGGUCUAAAGGAGGUUAUUGUGCCCCAGCUAGGUUGCCAUUCAGAAUCAACAGUAUCAGCUUGUGAGUCUACUGCCUCUAAGCCAAAGAAGAGGAAGAAGGAGGAAGUAUCUGGUGCACAGACGAACAGUUCACUGCUGCCUCAAGAUGCAGUGAGCAGUAAUCUAAGGAAAAGUGGCCUGAAAAAGCCUGUGGUUGCUUCUUCAUUAAAAAGGCAGGGCUGUAGUCAGCUGUUAGAUGAGGCACAAGUGACCUUAUCCUUCCACGACUGGCUGGCCAGUGUCACAGAACGCAUCCAUCAAACCAUGCACUAUCAGUUUGAUGGCAAACCAGAGCCACUGGUGUUCCACAUUCCUCAGUCCUUUUUUGAUGCCCUGCAACAGAGAAUAUCCAUAGGAAGUGCAAAAAAACGGCUUCCCAACUCUACCACAGCUUUUGUUCGCAAAGAUGCUUUGCCACUGGGAACCUUUUCCAAGUAUACCUGGCAUAUCACGAAUAUCCUGCAAGUUAAACAAAUCUUAGAUACCCCAGAGAUGCCUUUGGAAAUCACCCGGAGUUUUAUCCAGAACCGGGAUGGGACUUAUGAGCUGUUUAAAUGCCCUAAAGUAGAAGUAGAGAGCAUAGCAGAAACCUAUGGUCGUAUAGAAAAGCAACCAGUGCUGCGACCCUUGGAACUCAAAACUUUUCUCAAAGUUGGCAACACUUCCCCAGAUCAAAAGGAGCCAACACCUUUCAUCAUUGAGUGGAUUCCAGAUAUUCUUCCCCAAUCCAAGAUUGGCGAGCUGCGGAUCAAGUUUGAGUAUGGUCACCACCGCAAUGGGCAUGUGGCGGAGUACCAAGAACAGCGCCCCCCCCUGGACCAGCCCUUGGAACUGGCCCCUCUGACCACCAUCACUUUCCCUUGAGGCAAAACAAAAGAGUCUUUCGCUGCUAAAUUUGCACAUCCCCACCCUUUGACAACUUUAAAUACGAGUUAGGCACUUAGAUGGCUGUUCCUUAGUGAACUAAUCUUAGCUAAGAUGCGGUUUCCCAACACAUUCAAGUGGAUUCUGUUGAAGAAAAACUCUUCUUGUACAUAGCCCUUUUGGUGCUGCUGUGUAUAGUCUUCAUUAUAAAUUGGGUGGUAUUCCUGGCUAGUUUUUAAAGGAACAAAAAGAAAACCAGCCCACAUACCUUCUCGAAGGACUCACCUUUAGAGUUUGUUUCAACCUUUUCCUAAUUCUCUAAGAACUUAGCAGCACUCGCCUUACACCAACAGUGUUGGAAAGUUAAUAAUACCCUGCUUAGGGCAGAAUGCUGACGAUCAUCCUGGCAGAAUUCCAGUCAUGCCCUUUUAUUCUCUUCUCAAAGCACAGUGUCACUAGUUUUUCC